GUUCCCAGACCCAGCUUGCAGUCGGCUACAAAAUUCCCGUGUCUCGAAAAAAAUGUGCAAAAUAGCUUUCUGCUCUAUUUGGAGUUUUUCAAGGUUAUCGGAGUUUCUGCUUGGGAAGAUGGCCUUCCACGCUUUUGCCAACUUGAUGCACUUGAAUUAGGGUAGCUGCAACAGACGCUUUGAAAUCCAGAAGUGACACUUUUGUAUUUUCCUUCUCCUUGAAUAAAAGC